AUGCCGGACGCGUUCUUCCAGAAGAAGCGCAAGCGCACUUCCGCCUCGGGUGCAGGCGCUCGCGCGGGACCUUCGCGGUCUAAACCGUCGUCGUCCGCGUCGUCGUCGCGCAUGCGCAAACCCAACGCCGACUCGGACGCAGAGGAUGACGACGCAGCAGGCGGGAUUGACGACAUGGACUUGACGCACAACUACAACCAUGCGCCCAACUCGGACGACGAGGCCGAGGCCGCCGAGACGCCCGCCGAGGCACGUGUACGCCUCGCAAAGAUGUACCUCCAGGGCCUCUCGGACUCGCCCGCAGGGGACGACUUCUUCGAGGGCGCAGAGCAGCCGAGUUUCGGGCUGGCAGAUGCGGCCCAGGCUGACAGAGACAACAUUGCCGCAAGGCUGCAGAAGGAUGUUGCCGAACAGAGCGGCAAGAUCCACCUCUUCCUCGCCAACCGCAUUGCCGUAUCGCCCACAGCCGAUGACGCGCAAAGUGGCACGGUGCUUACCGUCAAGGGUCACAGGUUGAGUGUGACCGCGGCCGUGGCGUCGGCGGAUGCGAAGUGGCUCUUCACAGCGAGCAAGGACGGCAACAUCAUCCGGUGGCGCAUGAGCGAUGGCAAGAUGGUUCGGGUGCUGCCAAGGCGUGCGCGCGUUCUUGACGACGACGGCCAACCCGUGCCUCCCAGUGCGGCAAGCAGGAGCAAGACAAGCGGCGCCGCGCGGAGGCGCGCACGAUUCACCGCCGCCGCCGCUGCCGCAAAUGGCGACAAGGGCAAGACGAGCGAUGGCGCGGAUGCAGCGAGCUACCUCGGUGUCGGUGCGGAGCAGGGCCAUACGGACGAGAUCUGGAGCCUGUCCGUGUCGUCCGACGGCAGCAGGCUUGCUUCGGGAGGCAAGGAUGCGCGCGUGUGUAUCUGGGACGUUGCGCCGCGCGCGGGCGAGACGUUCCUCAAGGCGCUCGGCGGGCACAAGGAUGCGAUCUCGGCGGUGCAGUUCCGCACCGGCUCGCACGAGCUGUACACAGCCUCGCUCGACCGCACGCUCAAGCUGUACGACGUGGCGCAGCUGUCGUACAUCGAAACGCUCUUCGGCCACCAAGAGUCCGUGCUUUCUCUUUCUUGCCUUGGUGCCGAGACGGCAGUUUCGGCGGGAGGGAGGGAUCGUACGUGUCGGUUCUGGAAGAUCCGCGACGAGUCGCAGCUCGUCUUCCGCGCCGGAGCCAAGUCGAAGCUGCGCGACGUACUCGAAGGCGGUGACCUUGCACGCCAAGCGCUAUCGGGCGAAGGAAAGAUGAGUGCGCCAACCGAGGCGGUGGAGGGAUCCGUCGAGGUGGUGGCCAUGAUUGAUCAGAGCCACUUUGUGUCUGGUGGUGACUCGGGCAGUGUUUCGCUCUGGAACUUGGGUCGCAAGAAGCCGGUGCACAGUGUGCCUGUUGCGCACGGGUUCGACUUGACGACGAGCGAGAGCGAGGGCGACAUCCGGACGCCCAGAUGGAUCACCGCUGUUGCAGCACUGCCGUAUUCGGACGUCUUCGCCUCGGCUAGUUGGGAUGGCAACGUCAGGUUGUGGAGGAUCGUUGCGCCGGGUGGAAGCAUUCGCUCGUUCGAACCGCUCAUGAGCGUCAGCGUCCAGGGUGUGGUCAACUCGAUCCAGCUCGUCCAGCCCCCCCUGUCAUCGGUGCGCGUGUCGAGUGACGGCAGCCUCAGCACCAACGCCCUAGUGGCGUCCAAGUGGAAGCACGCCAAAGGUGCGGUGGAGACCGAGGGUAAGGGGUUGACGCGCGUCACCGCAACCAAGCAAAACGCGCCGCCAUUGCUCAUCGUCGCAGCAGGCAAGGAACACCGUCUUGGACGAUGGAUCAAGCUCCCCCACGCGACCAACGCCACCACCAUUAUCCCGCUCACCCUCACCCACGCCCAGUAA